ACUUUUUUCCACGGCGCCUGCCGAUGGAAUCUUUUUGAAAUUUAAAAAAUAGGUCCAGUACCGUAUUGUACGUACUGAAUCGUACAUAUGUACGAGUACCGGUACGGUACCUUGCUUCUUCUGUAAUGAAAAUUAUGAUCUGUAUUAGACUAUUCGUACUACCCUCACGGUAGCGGUGUGUCCCACAGCUGCUUGUACGCCAUCAUUCCAUUCCAUACGGAUGCCCUAUUCCACAAUYGCGAUGGAAAAUGGAAACGAACCAUCCUUUGCAUCUCAACAACUGCAAUUCUGGGAUGGCACUGCGGAUGGGAUCAGACCAAAAAAGACGGGGCCCGAGUUCGAGAUGACAAAGGAUGCAAACGAGAACGAGAUCGAGAUCGAGAACGAGAUCGAUAUUGUGAGGACCCAACCGCAACGGAUGCGCUUUCGCCAGCAAGAUGUCUGCGGACGGCCGGGAUCCCAACCGCGCGUAGCCAGUGAAGGGCUCCGGUGGCCAUGGGGUUUGCUCGGUUUGCUGCUGCUGCUGCUGCUGCUGUUGCAAGGUUUCCUUGCCACCGCCGCAGCAACGGACCAACGAAUUCUGUAUCACUCGCGGAGGGGGCCAGCGGACGGCCGGAGCCACUACCACUACCACCGAGGGCUUUCGCAGGAGUCUUCCCUCUUGCGAACGGAACUCUUUCCGACCUCGUCCCUGGCGGUUGCGGGGCACGAGCGCGGACGGAAAUUAGGGCGGAACCGAGGWGCCGGUGCUACCGACAAACACCUCCACGAACACGAGCACGACGCGGACUACACCGAGUGGCCCGAGGAAUGGUUUCACCCGUAUUCUCGCGCCGUGUACGCCACGCUGCACCCCCCCUUUCCGGAGGACGGGACCGAAACCGAGACCCCAAUAUCCAGCCAACAACAACAACAACAACAACAACGACAACCAUCGCAGACAUCGCCAUCGGGGUCACGGAAAUCACAGCGGGAUCUUCUGCGAAAGCAGCAACAACAAGAGCAACAGCGGGCGCACUACCGAGACUUUGUGGCACACCGACAUCUGUCCCGGUUCGAGCGUGCCUACCGUGAAAAGCUCGGGCUGAACCUCCACCCCAACUGGGCCGGAAACUAUUCGGAUCCCACCGAUUGCUCCAUCGAGCUCCACCACCAGCGAAGGCACGGCUUUCGCCGCCGGGGCCAAAACGCCACGGGGGAGAACCACCACCGCAUUUCCGACAGCCGUCGGGGCCUGCUGGAAUCCCUCGUGGGAGGAGUAUUUGACGAUUACCAGGGCGUCCCGCUCUCGCAGGGCUACGGGACCCACUACGUUCACCUGUGGGUGGGAUCCCCCAUCCCGCAGCGCCAGACGGUCAUCGUCGACACCGGAUCGCACUACACCGGCUUUCCAGUGGCAAACGAGUGCAAGCACUGCGGGGAGGAGCACCACACCGAUCCGCACUUUGAUCCCUCCCGGUCGGAUACCUUUCGGAUGCUGGAAUGCCCGGGAGAGUGCGUCGAGACCUUUGGGUGCGAGGAGGUCCCCCCCAAAGCCGUUGCCACUUCCACCAACGGUACCACCCAUCGGAGAGGCCCCCCCGCGGCCCGGUGCACCUUCACGCAGGCCUACACGGAGGGCUCCAGCUGGACGGCCUACCAGGCCAGGGACGUGGUCUACUGCGGGAGCGGGGCCGACCUCCUCGAGGCGGUAGAUCCCCUCGACACCCGUUACGCCAUUCCCUUUGUCUUUGGCUGUCUCAAGGCCAACACCGGCCUCUUCAAGACCCAGCUCGCCGACGGGAUCAUGGGAAUGUCGGCGCACGAGCUCACCCUCCCCAAGCAGCUCUACAACGAGCGCAAGAUCGAGCACAACAUGUUCGCGCUGUGCUUCCGCAAGGAACUCGGGACCUCGAAGAGAGGCGUCACGGCGGGGUCCAUGAUCCUCGGGGGAGCCUCGUCCGUCCUGGACACGUCCCCGAUGGUCUAUGCGCAGAACAUCCGGCCCUACGGGUGGUACACGGUCUACCUGGAAAAGGUCUACGUGGCCACCCGGGGGGGACACACCUUUGUCUUUGACGACCCGUCCGUCUCUCACUCGGAUCUCCAGAAGGAAUUCGGCAUCGUCCCGAUCCGUUCCUUUCAUCCGGUCCUGGUCAACCGGGAGCGGGGGGUCAUUGUCGAUUCGGGAACGACGGACACCUACAUCCCCUCGAGCAUUCGAGAGGAAUUCUGCCGCAUCUGGAAGGACGCCACCGGGACGGAAUAUUCGAACGGGKCCAUCUACCUGACCCAGUCGCAGCUCAAGAAGCUGCCGACCCUCCUGCUCCAGUUCCGAAACUCACCCACGACGCCGCAGUCCUCCGCGGAGCAGAAUGGCUCCUCCACCAAAAAAAGCGAGAAUGGCGGGCAAAUGUCYCCCCGGCCCGUCCAGGGACAGGUGGGAUACCURGACCCGGACAACAAGAAGGACGUCCUUCUGGCGGUACCGGCGACCUCGUACAUGGAAUACAGCCCGACCCUCAAGGUCUACACGAGCCGCCUGUUCUUCACCGAGACAAAGGGCGGGGUGAUCGGGGCCAACUCGAUGCAGGGGCACAACAUACUGUUCGACUGGCAGCACGGCCGGAUCGGCUUUGCCCAGAGCUCGUGCGCCUACGACCUGUUGGCCGGCAAGAACGACAACCACGCCGAUUUCGGGUCCGCCGGAAGCGGCGGCGACUGCCASUUUUUYGACCACGGYCGGUCCCCGGUACUGACGCAGACCUGCCUCGAGAGCAUCCUGGGCAGCGAGGAGAGCAUCGCGGUCUGCGAGGCCUCCGAUAACCCGACCAACGUCGAGAUUGCCGGCACCGAGGUGUGGACGCUCCAGGUAGAGUUUCCGGGAUCGGACCCAGACAGCUGCGAGAACGCCAUGCGGGAAUGGAGCGAGUCGCAGGACACGACCAACCAGGUGGAUCCGUCCACCACGGCCUGCAUCCCCGGCGGCCUGUGCCAGGAAUUCCGGCCGUGCCACGUUCCCUGUACGAGGGCCAUUGCGUACCGGGCCSAACAAGCCAAGCUCCGGGGGAAGCGCCACGGCAGGGUUCACCAAACCCCUAGCAAAGGGUCUUUGGCAGCUCCGGGAAGCAAGGAUGGCACGACCCACGAGGCGGUGACCGUCCCCCAUUCCGUCGUCAAUCGCACGAGCGAUCCUGYCGAAGCGGCUGCGCUCUGCAGCGACUGGAGGUGGAGCGCCUGCGACCACUCCUGCCGCCAGUCCCGCCUUUCCGUGGAUGGUGCCGUUGCCCACGCCAACGGGAUCUACUGCCUGGAAUCCGAGCGGGAAACCCGCCGCUGCCACGUCGGCGUCUGCGGCCGGUCCGACCCGUGCCUCGUUCCGUUUCUGGUGCACGCGAUCCUCGUCCUGGAGGCCCGGCCCCCCCGGGACGGGGCCGCCUGGACGCCGUGGAUCGAGGAGGAGUUCCGGCGGAGGCUCACCUUUGCGGCACACGAUCCGGGGGUCCGCGGAAGCGGCGAAAGGGGGAUGCUCUUUGGAGCGGGAGACGUGAACGUUCUCGCGGUUCGCCCCUACUACGGCGACGAUGAGGACGACGACGAAGAAGAAGAGACGGACGAGGACGGCGGCACGGAACGGCGAUCACCGCUCGGGACACAGCUGAUUCUACAGAUUUCCAUAUCGAAUCCAAAAGCGACACGGAAGGACCAAAACCCGGAACACGGAGGCAGAAAGCUGCUCCAAGAGGUCGGCGUGGUUUGGUCGAACAUCACCAGCGCGUUUCGUCGAUCCAAGGCAACGAGCCUGUGCGAUCCGUUCGAUCUGUAUCCACUGGCAAAGAACGCAAAUCUAGUCGCCGACAAAAUCCUCCCGUCCCCUAGGUUUCUGGCACUGCUGGUUUCGGACGACGACAACGGCGGGGACGAAGAAGAGGACGGCAGCCCACGGGAAGUGCCGCGGGCGUUUGGUUCCUCKCGACUGGUUUCCUCGUGGACCAUCGGAACMCAGAUCUACGACGACUCGGUGAACUACCUCGGACCCCUGGCCUCCAACCCGUUCUUCCCGUUCCUGAAACUCGUUCACGAGGCCUUUGUGCUCAUCAUCGCCUUUUGGUGCCUCGUGUGCCUCGCGAAGAGUUCCCGCCUGGUGAAGGUGUGCAUCGUUCGCGGCUUCAAGAAGUGGAAUCCCGAUUCGUACCAAAACGAUCCCGUCUCCCGGGACGACGACAACAACAUCAUCAUCCACGGCGAUGCGGGAGCAGGUGGGGAGGGCAGCGGGGAAACGACGUCCCUCCUGUCGUUUCUUUCGUCUGCGGCCGGGAGGGACGGCAAGAACUCCUCGGGGGGAAUCGAAUUGACGACUACCACGACAUCCCAUCUUGGAUCGAGGGUCAAGAAACGAAUCACUAGAUAGAUAACUGGUAGAAGUACGGUACAACACAWCAGGCAUCGCUAUUGGAAGUAGAUAACAACAGUAAACGGUACGGCAUGAG